AUGCCGCGCCACCUCGCGCUCCACGCGAUCGCCGCCGCGCUGCCGGCGGCGUCAGGGCCAGGCAGCCACCUCGGCCCCGCGGUGGCCGCCGCGGCAGCUUUCCUGGCCGUGUGCGCGCUGGCGCUGGCACUGUGCGCGUCGCACUCGUCGCCGGGGCCAGCUGGGCGGCUGCGGCGCGCCCUGGCCAGCGUGAGCCGGCGGCGGACAGAGCCGGUCAUCGCGGCCGUGCACCAGGUGCAGCCCGGCGGCGGGGAGGCGUUGCCGUGCGUCUGGCAGAAGGGCAUCCUCAUGGGCGGCAAGUGCCAGCUCCCCGACUUCUCCGGCGUCAUCAACUACGACCCCGCCGGCAACCUCAUCGCACCCGCCCGCCCUGGCCGCGCCGUGCCCGCCGCCAUUGGGCUUGGCUGGUGA